GUGAUUAAAGUUUCGGCGAUCGUGAACCGUGAUGGCAAAGCAUGUUACUUAGCGUGGCAGCGGUCAAGCUCCCCCACCUUCCCCUCUUGUUUCGUUUGUUCCCCCUAAACUGUGGGCUCGGAUCUUCAAAACCAGUUUCGCUUCUUUCUCAUAUAAAUACCUCAUCAUCUUCUUCUUCUUCUUCUUCCUCCUCCUCUUCAUCUUCAACCCCAAACCCACUUUCACUUUCACAACACAAAGCAAUGGUGACGCUCCUAGUGGCAACCACGUCCGACCCUGCUUCCAUCAACCCAGCCAACGCGCUGUUGGCCAUGCCCGGCUGGCAAACCGGUCGCCAUUUCCAGGAUGACAUGAAGAGCUUUGUGAAUGAAGAGGUGAGGGUGGUGCUGCAUGGGAAGAGCAUAGUAGCGGAGGAUGACUUGGACAAGAGGUGGGAAGAGGUGACUGGGGAGGUUGUUCAUGAGGUCAUCUUCUUCAGCAAGCACACUGCUGCGUCCAACAAACCUGCCCUCACUGUUCACCCCAUUGGAGUUCCUCAUUUGCGUGAAGGUGAUGUUCCACCGCAAGGUGGCAGACCUGGAUGGGCAGCUCUGCCAAAUCCUAGGAUGGGGCCUUGGCUUCGACUUUUGAAAAACAUUGCUCAGGCUCAUAAUCUGGUCCCUGAAUUCGAGAUUACUUUGGAGGCAACUCACCAUGGACCAGUGACAAACAAGCCAACCAUGUUUUUGGAGAUUGGUAGCACUGAAGAUUAUUGGAAGAGACAGGAUGCGGCUCAAGUAAUGGCAAAGUUAGUUUGGGAAGGACUUGGACUUGGAGGUGGGACAGAUGUAGGAAACUGGAGCAGGGAGAAGGAUAACAAGAAAAUCCUUCUUGGGAUAGGUGGUGGACAUUAUGUACCUCGGCAUAUGGAUGUAGUAUUGAAAGAUAAUGUAUGGGUGGGUCACCUACUUUCUGGAUAUUCAGUGCCGAUGGAAGAUCCAAGCCAGUCAAAAGGAGAAACAAAUGCGGAGAUUGGUGGAACAUGGAGACAUUCUAUAAAAGCUGCAUAUGAGGCCACUAAAUCUGCUUUUCCUGGUGGUGAAAUUCUUGCACAUCUUGACCACAAGAGUUUCAAGGGCUGGCAGAAGAAUGCCAUAACAGGAUUCCUUGCGGAGCAGAACAUUCAAAUUGGAAAACCGAAUAACUUCUAUUGAGUGUUGACACUUUGGCGGAUAUUAUUGUGAACACGGCUUCUGCAUAGACAGGCUGAAGAUUUUGGUAGACCUUACAAUCAAUUUAAUUCAGUUCUCAAUAUUAUUCAUAUGUAAAGAUUGCCUUGUGCAUGUAUUAAAUCAAAUAUGCAUGUAAGAACCUACGUUUAAUAAAUGAAGACGAAAUAGAUUAUAGAACAGAGUUCAUUUA